CCCCUCCAGACUUUGCAACUCUCUCGCCUCUCGACAAACCCGGAAACCCUACAUCCUCUCCUCUCUGUCUCUGGCUUUCAUCACUCUCGUUUCGGAAACAGAGACCUUACCUCUCCUCACUCUCACCGUCGAUUUCUCCUGACCCUUCACCCUCAGUUGAGAUCACUGAUUCUCCCGCGUGACUUCUUUGCUUAUGGAUCCCAUGGAGUCGUCGAGUGAGCAGGGAUCUGCAGAAGAAAAUCAAAAGCUAGCUGAAUCAUUGGACAAGCUUCGUGUAAGUGAUCAGGAUGCGAGUUCAUCGACAAAUUUCAAGAGAAAGCCUGUUAUUAUUAUCGUUGUUGGAAUGGCAGGUAGUGGAAAAACCAGUUUUCUUCAUCGGCUGGUUUGUCACACAUCUGCUUCAAACAGUAGAGGGUAUGUGUUGAACCUUGACCCUGCUGUCAUGAAUCUGCCAUUUGGUGCAAACAUUGAUAUACGAGACACGGUAAAAUACAAGGAGGUAAUGAAGCAGUUCAAUUUGGGGCCUAAUGGCGGUAUUCUCACGUCUCUCAACUUGUUUGCAACAAAAUUUGAUGAGGUUAUCUCUGUCAUUGAGAAGCGUGCAGACCAGCUUGACUAUGUACUUGUGGACACUCCUGGUCAGAUCGAGAUAUUCACAUGGUCCGCUUCCGGGGCUAUUAUUACCGAGGCUUUUGCCUCAACCUUUCCUACUGUUAUCGCUUAUGUGGUCGACACUCCUCGUUCGACAAGCCCAAUUACGUUUAUGAGCAACAUGCUCUAUGCUUGUAGUAUACUCUACAAAACCCGUCUGCCUCUCGUUUUGGCUUUCAACAAGAUUGAUGUGGCUGAUCACAAGUUUGCUAUAGAGUGGAUGCAAGAUUUCGAGUCAUUUCAGGCAGCUAUACAGACAGAUAACUCGUACACUUCGACUUUGUCUCACAGUCUCUCGCUAGCACUGGACGAGUUCUAUCGGAAUUUGAAGUCGGUUGGUGUAUCCGCAAUUUCCGGUGCUGGAAUGGACGAUUUCUUUAAAGCAAUCGAUGCAAGUGCCGAGGAAUACAUGGAGACAUACAAGGCCGAUCUGGACAAGAGAAGGGCGGAGAAGGAGAGGUUGGAAGAAGAAAGGAUGAGACAGAACAUGGAGAAGCUAAGAAAGGACAUGGAGGGUUCUCGAGGAGAGAGAGUGGUGUUGAGCACUGGUCUGAAGGACAGAGAUAGAAUGGUGACAGAGGAGGAAGAGGAAGAAGAAGAGGACUUAGAGAGGUUUGAGGAAGAAGACAGCGGUGACGCCAUUGAUGAGGACGAAGACGAAGAAGUGGCUCAUUUCACCUUCUGAAUAAAAGCCCUUACUUUUACUACUACUAUGUAAGAAAACGUGUUCAGGUUGGUUGGUUUUUGUAGUUGGGGAGCAUGGCAAUAACAUUACAAUGUUGUUUUUGUUUGAGGUUUAACUUAGAACUUGUCUGUAAAAUUAAUUGAAGAAUCAAUUUCUACUUGAUGGA